AGAGAGAGAGAGAGAGAGAGAGAGAGAGAGAGAAUAAGUGUAUUUGAGAAGCUCAUUCUUCUCUGAUUUUGAUGCGUGAGAGAGAAAGUAGAGAGAGAGAGAGAGAGAGUAAUAGUACUGUACAAGUUUCACACACAACCAUAGAGAGGGGGAGUGGGGAGUUGAGAAAACAAUUUAUGCAUUUUGGGCUUUCUUUCUCCUCUCAAACAUAACAUCAUCUCUGUGAUUUUUUUUUUACUUUUUUGAGGUUUUGUGAAAAAUGCUGAGGAAGAGAACUAGAUCACACCAGAAAGAUCAACAAAACAUGGGUCAUGCUCAUAAUACGAUUCCUGAAUCGUAUUCUAACGAGUCUUGUUAUUCAAAUUCCGAUGCUUUCUUGAAACCGAAACACAAAACCAAUUCCUUUUUCACUGUUCCUGGUCUAUUUGUAGGGCUAAACCCUAAAAACUCAGAAUCCGAUUCCGUAAGAAGCCCCACCUCCCCUUUGGAUUUCAAGGUUUUUUCGAAACCGAACUUUGCGAAUUUACCAAUUCGGGCUUCUUCCACGAAACCGAACGAAUCCGCUCAAAAGAGUUGGGAUUGUAACAAAGUCGGGUUAAGCAUUAUAGAAGCUCUUGACGAUGAAACAAAACCGUCAUCGGGGAAAAUACUCCGUUCGUCAGACAGUAAGAGCAUUCUUUUUGGACCCCAGAUGAGAAUCUUGAACAACCCGAGUUUGAAACCAGCUAGUUUUGACCCGUCUGACUCGUUUUCUUACUCGCUACCUAAGAAUUACGCGGUUUUCUCCAAUAGUAACAUAAACAAAUCCAAUCCUAAACUGAUUAAUCAUUUAGUUCAGGAACCAUUCACCAAGUUUUGGUCUCAUUCUUUGGAUUCCGCAAAUUUCGGGCCAAACUCGACCCAUUUAACAACCCGCCCCACAAAUCUGAACCCGGGAAAAGAUUUAGUGGCUUCACUCUCGGCAAGUGAGAUUGAGCUUUCUGAGGAUUAUACAUGCGUUAGAAAACACGGGCCUAACCCGAAAACAACUCAUAUUUUCGGUGACUGUAUUUUAGAGCGUCACGAGGAUGAGUUUAUCGCUAAAUCGUUGACGUGUGAAGAACAUGCGAUUAAACCCGCUGAAGUCGAGAAUUCAUACCUCCCUGAUAAUUUCUUGAGCUUUUGUUACUCUUGCAAGAAGAAACUCGAGGGCGAAGAUAUCUACAUGUACAGAGGCGAGAAAGCGUUUUGCAGUUGGAAUUGCAGAGCCGAAGAGAUUUUGAUUGAGGAAGAGAUGGAGAAGAACACUGAAGCGGGUUCGUCUUCACAAACUGAGAUUACGCAAAAACCAGAUGGCUGCGAGGAACUUUACGAGACCUCGAUGUUCAUCGCUGCAUAAACGAAACUAAAAAUUAGGCUGGUAUUUUUGCAUUUUUGUUAGCGGUCUAAUCUGCUCUUACGCUUAUGAAUAUUGAAACUCAAUUCAAUGACAUAUGCAGAGAAACCACACCGUGAUUGAUUACCCGUUUGAUAAGUGCUGUGUGUUUUUUUUUUCUUUUUUUUUAUGGCGGCCAUGGAUAAUCAUGUUUUGAAGCGUGUGGUCUCUCUUUAUAUGUUGUUGAAUGUGUUUCGUGUUUCAUGGUGUUAAUGGCAGAUUGGUAACUGCUAAACCAGCUAGUUUUGUCUUUAUUUUUCUGCAAUAUUUUGACAUUGAUGAUAUCUCUAUUUCUAAGGCUUCUUUUAGUUAAGAGUCUUAAUAUGAGAAUGAAAUGGUACCCUACACCCCCCCCCCCCCCACCCUAUAUGUCUUGGACUCAUUGUAAGGAGUUGAUGUAUAAGCCUCCAAAAUCAAGUCUUUGAAUGAAUAUAAAUUAUCUUUUUGCA